AGAAACUCAUCAGUAUAUAUAUCCUGGAAAAUAUGCAUUACUUAGUAGAUCACUUUGUAUAUAAUUUAUAGAUAAAGUAUAUAGAAAACUAUUCUGAAUUAAGCAUGUCUUCAUAUAAUUCAUUGGGGAAAAAUUCCCAUGAUGAAGAAGAAGAAGAUGCUACUAAUAAUAAUAAUUUUGUAGAUAAUGAUGAAGUUGAUCAAAGUUCUUCAACAAAUUCAGUUAAUGAAUAUCAAGGAUUUAAUGAUGAAGCUGCAAGAAAUGUUCAAGAAUUAGCAAGAACCAUUACUCAUGAUUCUAUACUUUCAAAUGGUGGAGAUUUUAAUGAUGAUAAAUCUUCAGUAGCUUUAAUUAAAUAUUUAUCUCAUAUGUCUCAAGUACCAGGUAUAUCUCCAUAUAAUGUUGAUGAAGAAACUAAUCCAAAAUUAGAUCCUGAUAGUGAUAAUUUUGAUGCUAAACAUUGGGUUAAAAAUUUAAGAAAAUUAUAUGAUUCUGAUCCUGAAUAUUAUAAACCAUCAAAAUUAGGAAUUGCUUAUCGUGAUUUAAGAGCAUUUGGAGUGGCUCAAGAUUCUGAUUAUCAAGCAACUGUUACUAAUGCAAUUUGGAAAAUUGCCGUUGAAACUUUAAGAUCAACUCGUAAAAUGGAUGAAUCUCGUUAUUUUGAUAUUUUAAAACCUAUGGAUGGUAUAAUGAAACCUGGUGAAGUUACAGUUGUAUUGGGUCGUCCUGGUUCUGGUUGUUCAACUUUAUUAAAAACUAUUGCUUGUAAUACUUAUGGUUUCCAUGUUGGUAAAGAAUCGAGAAUUACUUAUGAUGGUUUAAGUCCAGAAGAUAUUCAUAAACAUCAUCGUGGUGAUGUUGUAUAUUCAGCAGAAACUGAUGUUCAUUUCCCUCAUUUAACAGUAGGUGAUACAUUAGAAUUUGCUUCAAGAUUAAGAACUCCUCAAAAUAGAGGUUUAGGUGUAGAUAGAGAAACUUAUGCUAAACAUAUGGCAUCAGUUUAUAUGGCAACUUAUGGAUUAUCUCAUACAAGAAAUACAAAUGUUGGUAAUGAUUUUGUAAGAGGUGUAUCUGGUGGUGAACGUAAAAGAGUUUCAAUUGCUGAAGUAUCACUUUGUGGAGCUAAUUUACAAUGUUGGGAUAAUGCAACAAGAGGUUUAGAUGCUGCUACUGCUUUAGAAUUUAUUAGAGCUUUAAAAACUUCGGCUUCUAUUUUAGAAGCUACUCCAUUAAUUGCUAUUUAUCAAUGUUCUCAAGAUGCUUAUGAUUUAUUUGAUAAUGUCAUUGUUUUAUAUGAAGGUUAUCAAAUUUUUUUUGGUAAAGCUGAUGCUGCUAGAGAUUAUUUUGUUAAUAUGGGUUGGGAAUGUCCUCAAAGACAAACUACUGCUGAUUUCUUAACUUCAUUAACUAAUCCAAGUGAAAGAAUUGCUAGACCAGGUUAUGAAUCCAUUGUUCCAAGAACUGCAGCUCAAUUUGAAGAAUAUUGGAAGAAAUCUCCCGAAUAUAAACAAUUAAUAACUGAAAUUGAUCAACAUUUUAUUGAUGUGGAAAAAAAUAAUACUAAAGAAAGUUAUCAAUUGGCUCAUAAUGCUAGACAAGCUAAACAUGUUAAUCCAAGAUCAUCUUAUACUGUUAGUUUUGGUAUGCAAGUAAGAUAUAUUAUGGGUAGAAAUAUUCUUCGAGUUCGAGGUGAUCCAUCUAUUUCACUUAUGUCUAUUUUUGGGAAUUUUAUUAUGGGAUUAAUUUUAUCAUCAGUAUUUUAUAAUUUAUCUCAAACUACUUCUUCCUUUUAUUAUAGAGGUGCUUCAAUGUUUUUUGCAGUGUUGUUUAAUGCUUUUUCUUCAUUAUUAGAAAUUAUGGCUCUUUUUGAAGCCAGACCUAUUGUGGAAAAGCAUAAGAAAUAUGCCCUUUAUCGACCUUCUGCUGAUGCUUUAGCAGGUAUUAUUACUGAACUUCCAACUAAAUUACUUACAUCUGUUUCUUUUAAUCUUGUAUUUUAUUUUAUGGUUAAUUUUAGACGUGAACCAGGAAGAUUUUUCUUUUACUUUUUAAUGUGUUUCAGUGCAACUUUAGUUAUGUCUCAUCUUUUUAGAUCUAUUGGAUCAGUAUCAACUUCAUUACCUGGAGCUAUGACUCCUGCAACGGUUUUAUUAUUAGCUAUGGUUAUUUAUACUGGGUUUGUAAUUCCAACUCCAAAAAUGUUGGGUUGGUCAAGAUGGAUUAAUUAUAUUAAUCCCGUGGGUUAUGUUUUUGAAUCUUUAAUGGUUAAUGAAUUCCAUAAUCGAGAAUUUGAAUGUUCUACAUUUGUUCCAACUGGUCCAGGUUAUGAAAAUAUUGCUCUGAACGAAAGAGUUUGUAAUACUGUUGGAUCUGUAGCUGGUUCAACUAUUGUUCAAGGUACAACUUAUUUAGCUGAAAGUUAUCAAUAUUAUAAUUCUCAUAAAUGGAGAAAUUGGGGGAUUGUUAUUGCUUAUGCCGUAUUUUUCCUUUUCAUUUAUGUAUUUUUAACUGAAUUUAAUAAAGGUGCUAUGCAAAAGGGUGAAAUUGUUUUAUUCCUUAGAGGUGCUUUAAAGAAACAUAAAAAGGUUUCUCAAGAAAGAAAAAUUAAUCAAGAAGAUGAAGAAAAUAAAUUACCAUCUUCAACUUCAGAAAAGAUUCCAAUUAAAGAUGAAUUUGAAGCCAUUAAAAAUGGAUCUGAAUCAGAAACUACAAAUAAAAUUAAUGAUAAUAGUUUACCUUCAUCUAAAGAUAUUUUCCAUUGGAGAGAUUUAACUUAUCAAGUUAAAAUUAAAUCAGAAGAUCGAGUUAUUUUAAAUCAAGUUGAUGGUUGGGUUAAACCAGGUCAAAUUACGGCUUUAAUGGGUGCAUCUGGAGCUGGUAAAACAACUUUAUUAAAUUGUUUAUCAGAAAGAGUUACAUCGGGUGUUAUUACUGAUGGAGUUCGUAUGGUUAAUGGUCAUUCAUUAGAUUCUUCAUUUCAAAGAUCUAUUGGUUAUGUUCAACAACAAGAUUUACAUUUAUCAACUUCAACUGUUCGAGAAGCUUUAAGAUUUUCUGCUUAUCUUAGACAACCAGAUUCUGUUCCAAAGAAGGAAAAGGAUGAUUAUGUUGAAUAUAUUAUUGAUUUAUUAGAAAUGAGUGAUUAUGCUGAUGCCUUAGUUGGUGUUGCAGGUGAAGGUUUAAAUGUUGAACAAAGAAAAAGAUUAACUAUUGGAGUUGAAUUAGUUUCAAAACCAAAAUUAUUAUUAUUCUUGGAUGAACCAACUUCGGGUUUAGAUUCUCAAACUGCUUGGUCUAUUUGUAAAUUGAUGAGAAAAUUGGCUGAUCAUGGUCAAGCUAUUUUAUGUACUAUUCAUCAACCUUCAGCUUUAUUAUUAAAGGAAUUUGAUAGAUUAUUAUUUUUACAAAAGGGUGGGAAAACAGUUUAUUUUGGACCUUUAGGUAAUGAAUGUAAAUCUUUAAUUAAUUAUUUUGAAAAAUAUGGUGCUGAUCCUUGUCCUCCUGCUGCUAAUCCUGCUGAAUGGAUGUUGGAAGUUGUUGGUGCUGCUCCUGGUUCUCAUGCAAAACAAGAUUAUUUUGAAGUUUGGAGAAAUUCUGAUGAAUAUAGAGAAGUUCAAGGAGAAUUAAAUAAUAUGGAACAAGAAUUAGUACUUUUAGAAAGAGAUACAUCUCCUGAAGCUCAUUUAAAAUAUGCUGCUCCUAUUUGGAAACAAUACCUUAUUGUUACUUGGAGAGUUCUUCAACAAAAUUGGAGAUCUCCUGGUUAUAUCUAUUCUAAAUUAUUCUUGGUUGUAUCGGCUGCUUUAUUUAAUGGAUUUUCAUUCUUUAAGGCCAAUAAUUCUAUGCAAGGUUUACAAAAUCAAAUGUUUGCUAUCUUUAUGUAUUUCAUUGUAUUCAAUACUUUAGUUCAACAAAUGUUACCAUACUUUGUUAAACAAAGAGAUCUUUAUGAAGUUAGAGAAGCUCCUUCUAGAACAUAUAGUUGGAUGGCAUUUAUUCUUGGACAAAUUACUGCAGAAAUUCCAUUCCAAAUUGCUGUCGGUACUAUUUCUUUCUUUUGUUGGUAUUAUCCAGUUGGUUUAUAUAGAAAUGCUGUACCAACCGAUGCUGUUAAUCAACGUGGGGUUUUAAUGUGGUUAUUAUUAACCGCUUUCUUUGUUUAUACUUCUACUAUGGGUCAAUUAUGUAUGUCAUUCAAUGAAUUGGCUGAUAAUGCUGCUAAUUUGGCUACUUUAUUAUUCACUAUGUGUUUGAAUUUCUGUGGUGUUUUAGCAGGUCCUGACGUUUUACCAAGAUUCUGGAUUUUCAUGUACAGAUGUAAUCCAUUCACUUAUUUAAUUCAAGCAAUUUUAUCUACUGGUUUAGCUAAUACUAAUGUUAUUUGUGCGCCUGAAGAAUAUUUAGUAUUUGAUGCUCCAAGUGGUCAAACUUGUGGUACAUUUAUGCAAAGCUAUAUGUCAAUGGCAGGAGGUUAUUUGACUGAUGCAAAUGCUACUUCUGGAUGUAGAUAUUGUCAAAUGGCUUCUACUAAUGCUUUCUUAAGCAGUGUUAAUGCUAUUUAUUCUGAAAGAUGGAGAAAUUAUGGUAUUUUCAUUGCUUUUAUUUUCUUCAACAUUAUCUUGACAGUUAUAUUCUUCUAUUUAGCCAGAGUUCCAAAGGGUAAUAGAGAAAAGAAGAAGGCUGCUAAGAAUUAGAUAUCCCAAACACUUUUAUUUAAUAUUAUUUAUACUAGACUAAUACACACUAUGCGUUAUUAAUUUUAUUAUUGUAGUUAAUGAUUAAGAAUUCUAGUUUAGUUUAUUCGCAUAAGUAACCAACUGAUAACAAGCAAGUAAUUAAACGAUUUAAGUAUUGCAACCAUUCGUAUUACAUCGUACAUCGUUUAGAACCCAACUAAAAGAUUUAAACCCCAAACCAUCACCAAAUCUAGUAAAAUCAUCCCACCCAUGGAUGGUGCCUCAAAUAGGUAAUGAGCCGUAUAGCUCUGUGCAGUCCCACGCAUAUAAAAAAAAAAGUGGUACGGUGAAAAGUUUG